AUGAUAGAUCAAAGUAAUCGUGCUGGAAGAGCGCCAGCAGUGAGUGUGUUCAAGAAUCGAAGGCGCAACAGAAGCGACCAGAGCCCUGGACCUAGCCCAGAUCUCGGUGCGGGUUACUCGCCUGACGCCGCUGCUGCCGUUACCAUGCCUAUGGCCUACCCCGGAGCAGAUAUCUACAACAUGCAGCGGUCCAUGUUCCCAACAGCUCCCUACAGCGCCUUCCCGAAUCCAGCAAUGGCGAAUCCGUUCAUGCCCCAAAUGGGAAUGAUGGGCUUUCCAUCAGCUGGAGCCGCACCAUGGAUGGAUCCGAGCCUGCUGUCGUCGACGCAUGGUAUGGAAGGAUGA